ACUAUGCUAUUAAAAAUGAGUAUAACAUGUGCCAUUUUAUUGGCUUUCUUCAGUAGCAGUAUGGCAGGAAUUAUUCAUUCAGCACCGAUUGUUGCAGCGCCUGUUGUAGCAGCUCCACUAGUUGGUUAUGCUAAGGCAGUACCUCAUAAUAUUCCACCUCAUGCAUCCAGAAUUGAUAUCAAUACAAGAGCAUUAGCUGCUCCUUAUGUCGUUGCGCCUGCUGCUCCAGUAGCUGUAGCUCAUGCAGCUCCAGUAGUUGCUGCACCUCCAGCUUUAAUUGAUUAUACCAGUUAUGCGUCUCCAUUAUACAGAUCCGCUUUUAUUGAAAAGAAUCAUUGUACAAGCUAUUUUAUUGCAAGUACUCUCGAAACUCUUCACUGUUUCAUGUCUCAGAAUACGUACCCAUCCAAUCGGGUGUGGCCUCCGGUCAGUCAAAGGCCAUCUAGUAUGCGAAAGCAUGGUAGGAAUGACCAGCAAGGGGGAUCCCCUGUAUGGAGGGGAUGCUUCUUUGUUAGCAAUCUAAAGCAAGACCGUAUAAAAGCACCUGAGAACUCUUGGAUAGUAUCGCAGUUUUCACAGCGAACUUCACAAGCAACUAAUUCUUUCACAAUGAUGACCAAGUGCCUCAUCCUCUUCUUCGCUCUGGUAGCUGUCUGUUCGGCGGGUAUUAUCGCACCUGCUGUACCAGCUGCGCUUACAGUAGGAACAUACGCAAGUAGUUACAAUGCACAUGCAAUCAACCAUGCGUAUGCUGCGCCUUACUAUGCUGCAGCACCAGCAGUCGCAGCACCUCUGACAUACUCAGCACCAUUGGCAUACUCACAUCCAUUGUCAUACUCAGCACCAUUCACAUACCCGGCAGCGUACGCUGGGUACAGCGGACCAAUAAUUGCACGCCGUUAAUCAUUUUCGAUCUGACCACCCACAGUCUUUAAAGUAUCAGUCAUUGUAAAUUUAAAAAAAGUGAGGAUACUUUUCAAAAAGAUUACCAAGUCAUAAUUAUUAAUGACAUAGUUCAAAAAUUUAUUAAUGUAAUAUUAUCAGUUCAGUCGACUUUUAAAUUAAACAAUUGUCCAGUAAUCGGUAUGAGGAUGACGAUUAAAUCGAUUAUUAUUGUUCAUUGAAAUGAUCGAGGAACUGAUGUACCAACUGGUGGUCGAUCGGCUUAUGGUAAUGAUCUACCGAUAUUUAUAUUGGUACGGAUCGUAACAGGGCGGUGGUGCCACUAGCACUUGAUCUCUCAAUUCAUCAUUCACUUUCAAAUAAAUACAAGUUAUUUUUAUCAUUUUUUUAUAAAUAUUAAAGUUGCAAAAAUAAAUAAAAAUUUAUUAAAUUUA